GCGCGCGCUCACAUCUGUCAAAAUUGUUUAUUGAUGAUAGGUUACAAAAGUAUUUUUACGUAAUUUUAAUAAUUUUAUUGCUUAUUAUUGCAUAUCAGAAUGUUUAAAUUGUUUUUUUCUUCAGAUGUCAUUAAAAUUUAAAGCGUUCAUAUUAGUUUCCUGUUAUAAAUCUUCAGCCAACUGGAUACAUAAAGACACGGUGCAGUCAAAAAGUACGCGAAUAUUUUGUGGCAGGAUUUUUGCAUAAUGUUAUCGCACGAUGUAUGAGGAUGAUAACAUUACCUCAACACCUAAGCGUUGCGCGCUUACUGAAGUAACCAAUUCUACUAAUUAUGUGUCACCAAACGCUAACCUGAAGUUGUUAACUAAUGUCGCGCUACAGUAUCCCACGCCACCACCCAGCGCUGCGCAUCGUAAGGAAAAGUCUCUUCAGAUAUUAUGUGACAGGUUCCUUCAUUUGUAUCCACUUCAUGGAAAUGGGCCUGUGGAGAUCCAACUGGACGGCACUGCAGCUCGACUUGGCGUGGAAAAGAGACGCAUGUAUGACAUCAUCAACAUUCUGGAAGCAAUGCAGUGCGCAGUUCAUAAAAGAAAGAAUACAUAUUUGUGGCAUGGAGGAGCUAGAUUGAAUUCUUUCCUUAAAAUGCUUAAAAAGCAAGGAGAGAAUUUGAGGCUCUCUGAAGCUCUUAGAGGCAAGGCACCAAAACCACCUGCCCCAAAACAUAAAACUUUAGGAGUUCUGGCUCAGAGAUUUUUGAUGUUGUUUUUAGUGGAAAAGCCUAAUACACUUAUCAACCUUGAAAUGGCUGUUGGGGUUCUUAUAGACACAGCCAACAAAAAUAAAACCCUCCUUUCUCCAGAGCAGCAAGACCGGCAGCACAAGUCCAAGGUGCGGCGACUCUAUGACAUUGCCAAUGUUCUCAUAUCCAUUGGUCUCAUAGAAAAGGUAUCCGGAAACCUUAUUUUAAAGAAGCCAGUCUUCCGAUAUGUGGGUCCCUUAAAAGUGAAAAAGGCUGACAAAGUUACUUUGGCUACUCCCUCUCCAAUCACACCUCUGUCUGUGCUGGAAAGCGAACAAAAGAACUCGCCAUGUCACAUAUAUGUUGGAAGAUCAAAAAGGAAACUGGAAUUCACAACUCCUAGUUCCAGCAAAGACUUAGGAGUGACCACUCCACCACACACACCGUCACACAAGUGGGAUGAGAUCCUCCUUGUUGCUGACAUGGAACUGACUAGAAUUAACAAUGGCACAUCAUUGUGAUUUAUAUUUAUAACUUAUUUUUUUAUAAUAAUGAAUUCAUAUUUUAGACAGAUUUUUUCUACAUAUAGUCUUCCAGGGGAUGAACUUUAAACAUUAUAUUAUGUUCCUAUAUUUAAAUUCUAUUAAGUUGUUGGUCAGAAAAGAUUUUAUCUUGUCCCAGACAUGAAUUUAGUGCAAUUGGGAAAUGUUUAUUUUAAAGGUCAUUUUAUGAGACAUACAAACAAUAUUUCUGAGAAUAGUACAUAAUUUUUAAAAUUAUGUUUAUAGUUAAGUACAUAACAUGUAAAAUUAUUUGUCUGUAAAAAAAACAAUAGGUUGAAGUCAAUAUUAUGUAGAAAGUAUUUUCUAUUAUAGUUUUUAUCAAUAUUGAAUGUUAUUUGUGGAGGAUACCCCUGGAGUAUCCAGACUGAUUGACUAAUUCUUUGACUGAAUGUGUGCUUAUUAAAUACAUAUCUAUUUUUGUAUCUAAUGAGAGUUAACAUGGAACAUAUUUUAUGACAAAAAGUAUAUGCUUGUUGUAUAUCUAAUGAAAUAAAGCAUAAUUACUAUGCAUUAGAAGUUGUCACAUUGCUUCAGUUGAUAUAGUGGAUUUUAUAUGAAGUUGCUUUUUUUAAUUGUAUUUAAGUAGUUAAUUAUUAAAGGACUUAAAAUUA